CAAGAGGACAUGCAAUCAGUCCCUAACUGGGUGCAUUUCAAAGAACUGAUUUGGAAUUUAAAAUCCCUGCACAGUUCGAGAUCUCAGUGCUUGAAGAACUGUCUGUUGAAACAGUCACAGUUCUAAACCAUGAAUGGAAGCAUCAACAUCUCCAAUGGGACAUCAUCUUUCUCUGGACAAUGCCUGCGAGACACCCGGAUAGCCCAUGUGGUAUUCCCACUCUUGUACAGCUUUCUUUUCGUUGCUGGAUUUCUACUCAACAGUUUAGCUGUGUUGGCUUUUUUCCAGAUUCAAAGCUCAUCAAGUUUCAUUGUAUAUCUUAAGAACAUCUUGGUUUCUGAUUUUAUAAUGACACUUAUGCUGCCAUUUAAGAUUCUAACAGAUUCAGAACUGGGACUAUGGCAACUUAAAGCUUUUGUUUGCCGUUUUUCAGCUGUCAUAUUUUACGCGACUAUGUAUAUCAGCAUAGUACUGCUUGGACUUAUUUCUAUAGACAGGUUUCUCAAGAUCAUUAGGCCAUUUGGGAAGUUUCGGUUACAUGAUGUCACUUCAGCAAAAAUUCUUUCUGGGUUUGUGUGGUUCUUCUUUUUUGGCCUUUCCUUGCCAAAUGUGAUUUUGUCAAACCGUGAAGCAACACCACUCACUGUCAAGAAAUGUGCUUCUUUGAAGAAUCACUUGGGACUGAAAUGGCAUGAAGCUGUCAACUACAUAUGCCAACUUGUCUUCUGGACUGUGCUGAUCCUAAUCCUCCUGGUUUACAUAAUUAUUGCUAGAAAGAUCUAUAGUUCUUACAUAAAAACACAAACAAAAGAAUGCAAAAUCAAACAAAGAGCUAAGAGUAAAGUAUUUAUAAUUGUGGCUGUUUUUUUCAUUUGCUUUGCCCCUUUUCAUUUUGCUAGAGUACCUUACACUCUUAGCCAAACUGGCAAACGUAUUGACUGUGCUGUACAGAACCAAUUAUACAUAGCAAAAGAAACCACUCUUUGGUUAGCAACUGCAAACAUAUGCAUGGACCCCUUGAUAUAUAUAUUAAUGUGCCGUCACUUUGUAGAAAAAGCUUUCUGUGUUAAAUUACAAAAAUCUAGGAAUACUACUCAAGAAAAUCUGACUAUCGCAUUAGACACUGGAAUAUCUGCAUAGACCCUUUCAAAUCUGCGCUAUCAUACCAUCAAAUUAAAAUACUGUAUAUUAAUUUAAAGAAGAUGUUAUUUGCUGCAGUUCAAUUCUAAUGUGUUAAAAUUUUAGCUGUGCUAGUGUAUGUUUAUUAGUUGGUAUCUAAGUGUAUGUUAUGUGUGGUAUGUCUAAUGUUUGUAUUUAUAUAUAAAAUAAAAUAAAAAAAAUAGCUGUGCUAUAUUAUAUAUUUUGUAUAUACUACUGAAGUAUACUAAUGUAUAGUUUAUGACAUAGUAUUGUGGCAAUAUUGUUGUGUACUUUCAAGUAAUUUUUGACUUAUGGAAAC